CAGGUUUGAUGCUUAGAUCAGAAAUUUUCGGGUCCCUGAUUGCGUAUGAGGGAUAUAAAUUUAUAUCUUUCCCAUUGUCGUGAUUUCUCUUUCUUAUAUAUGGCUCUAUGUUGUAUUAUAGAUAUGUUUCAUAUUAAGGUAAUCUUACUUGAUUUUAGAGCUAAAUUCAUAAGUUUGCGCUAAACGCUGCGUGUUUAAGCUCAUUAAAAUGGCGGAUAGUGCUAGUGAAAGCGACAGUAGCUCAGUAGACGGAGGAAUGUUGAUUCCUUCAUCUCCGGCUACUAGGGAACAGUUCCAGAAAAGAAUAGAAUCUUUGCAGCAGGAAAAUCGAGUACUGAAGAUGGAACUUGAGACGUUUAAAUUGAGGGUUAAAAGUUUACAAGAAGAAAAUAAAGCUCUUAGGCAAGCCAGUGUCAACAUACAAGCUAAAGCCGAGCAAGAAGAGGAAUUUAUAAGUAAUACUUUGCUGAAGCAGAUAAAAACCCUGAAGAAGGAGAAAGAAACGUUAGCUCUAAAUUAUGAACAAGAGGAAGAAUGUCUUACAAAUGACUUGUCCAGAAAAUUGAAUCAGCUGAGACAAGAGAAGGUGCAGUUAGAACAAACCUUAGAACAAGAGCAAGAAGCUCUUGUAAAUAAGCUUAUGAGGAAAAUAGAGAAACUUGAAGCAGAAACUCUUGGAAAGCAAAGUAACUUAGAACAGUUGCGACGUGAGAAAGUUGAACUGGAGAACACUCUAGAACAAGAGCAAGAAGCCCUAGUUAAUAGGUUGUGGAAAAGAAUGGAUAAAUUAGAAGCAGAGAAGAGGAUGCUGCAAGAAAAACUUGACCAGCCAGUAUCUGCACCACCAUCUCCAAGAGAUAUUAAUAAUGGGGACCUUGCUGCUAAUCUAACAAUGCAUGUUCAGCACCUUCGGAAUGAAGUGGCCAAACUAAAAACUCAGUUAUUGAAUGCCCAACAAGAACAUUCAGAAAAAAUGGCUCAGUUUGCUAUGGAAGAAAGGCAUGGCAGGGAGGAAAAUAUGAGGCUUCAGCGAAAACUGCAGAUGGAAGUAGAACGACGUGAAGCUCUGUGCCGACACCUGUCAGAAAGUGAAUCUAGUCUUGAAAUGGAUGAAGAAAGGCAUUUUAAUGAAAUGAGUAGUGCUUUACACACUCGUCCUAGGGCGGCAUCCAGUCCUGUUCCUCAUAAUCCCUCUCCUAGCUCAUCUAGGCCUCUUAGUCCAGGAGGAAGAGAAGCUUUUAGUCCACCAAAUCCUAUUAUAACGCGUUGCCCUCAUUGUAGCCAGCCUCUGUAUCCUCCAAGUUUGUCAUUUUCAAGCAAUCAGCAUCUUCCAAAUCCUAGUGUAGGUUCUGGUAUCAUGGCUCACACCUCCGUAGGGUGCAAUUCCUAUUCCAAUGAAGAAUAUGCCACUGGGCACACACGAGAAAUUUGUGAAGCCAAAUGCACCACCCCCAAUCCACCCAAGCACCCACUUAGCCCACAGUCCACUGAGCUUUCUACCGGGAGAAAAGAGCUAAAAAAAGCGAAGUAUGCUGAAAUUGAGGCAGAUGAGCCAAAAAGCAAAGAACGUAAAAACGAAUGAUGUGCCUCUAGAGUUUCAAAUACCUGAUGGUAUUCUGGAAAAAUGUAAUUUCCUAUGCUGGUCAAACUUUGAGAUAAUUCACUAUUUCCCGUGCUUUCAUUCAUUUUGCCAUAAUGGAAGAGGGGUAAUUUAACAGGGUUGUGCCUUUUCCUGCAAUUGUAUGGUGAUUUACCAGUCUCAAAUUAUGGAAAAUUGUGUUUGUUUGACAUGUAGCUUGUAUGUUCAUGAAGUUUCUUUGCUUGCUGAUUUGUGAUUUCUUCUUUCUGUUCAGUAAUGAUCUGUAACUUGUGAACUUAGUUUAUUAUCAUGCUAUAAAUGUAUAAAACAUUAUAGUUUAUAAAAAGAGAAAAUAAUACAAUGUACUUAUUUGCCAUUGACAUAUUCAACAUAUAAAAUCGAACUAUUUUUGCUGUGUCGUAAAAUAUGUAUAGAAGUUACUUGACGCAAUCAAAAUAUUUCCAUUGUUUUUCUAUAUUUUUAAAAACCAAAAGAAAUGUAAUAGUUUUAAAUUUUAGCUUUCUAGACAGUGUCUGUUUUCCUCUAUUUAUGAAUAUUUUACUCAUAAGCUAUGUUUAUUAAUUCAGUUAGUAAGUAUUUUCUUUGCAGUUUCAGAUUAGUUCGUUUACUCUGAACUUUAAAAUUUAUGUGGAAAGAGGGUUUUUUUUUUUUUUUUUUUUUUUUUUUUUUUUUUUUUUUUUUUUUUUUUUUUUUUAAUGUUCUUCCUUUUUAAAGCCCUGAUAGAUGUUAUAAGGACAUAGGUUUUGUUAACUUUAGAUUUCGGGAAACUUUGUAAGAAAGAAAAUAUUUUAAGAAAUUAAUCACUUGAAUCAUUUUAUGGCCUUUAAUUUGGGCAAGCUGUUAACGGUUUUCAUAAAUGUGAAAUGUGAUAUGCUGUAACAUGCCUUUUUCCUCUGAUCAAUGCUUGUGUGAUUUUUUUUUUUUUAAACAAAUUAACAUAUAUGUUAUGUUAGCUAUAAAUAGAUUUGUUGAGUUGUAUUAUUUAUGCCUAAUGCCAUUGCUCUGCUUGGAGCUACUGUUGAUUUUUAUUGGAAUCUCUACCUUUAUUAUCAGAAACCAUAAAUAGCUUUUAAUCUUAAACUAAUAAGCUGUAUUUGAUUUAGUAAUGUUUUAUUAAUAACGGAAAAAAUAUAUAUUGCCUGGUCGAUAUGAAUAAAUCAAAAUUGCACACAAGGUGUUUAUCUUGUAUAUUGCAAUAAUUGUAUUAUAUUUUUGUAUAAAAAAAUUCCAUAAUUUUAAAUGUUUUUAUUGCUAAAAUUGCUUUCUUAGGACAUCAAAAGAAAACAAGUCAAAAGAAGAUUUAAAAGUUAUAAAAACUGUUAUAUAUAAUUGAGAAUCAGAUUGCUUAAGAAAAUGUUGUCACUAUAAUGAAUCGUGUAAACCAUAAAUUAUUUCUAUUAUUGUCAGUAAUUUUUUUAUUAUUUUACAUAAGCUUUCAUGUGUGAUAUGAUUUAUUUGGUUCAAGUUCCAGUGCAAGUGCCAAAAUCUUAUAAAAUAUGUUUAAAAGCUCCAUAUUUUGCAUUAAGAAUGCUUUAAAAGAUCUAAAUAUUGGCAUUUUUGUACUAGAGGCAUGUCUUGUGCAUUUAAUCUUAAGAAAAUGGAAAAAGUAAAAAAAUAUCAGUUUCUCUGAUUUUUCUUUGAAGCAUUUGAUUUGUAUUUUCUAAGUUAGAAUAUAUAAUCAGCAAUAUAAUGUAUUCUAUUUUAGUAAUAUUAAACUGAGGAAAUGACUACCUCAAAUUAUUAGUCAAUGGUGAUAAUUAUAAAAUUUUAAAAAACUGGCAUUCAAAGAAAUUGUGUUUUACUUCUGUUUUUGGUGUUUAAAUUAAUGGAGUCUUUCGAGUACAGUCAAACCUUAAUUUGAAUUAUUAUGAAACUUGUGUACUAUUAUCAUUAAAUCAAAGAAUUAUCCUAAUCCAGUUACGUGAUAUAAAGUGCUAAAGAUACUAUAGCCAAAAAAAAAAAACGUAAUUUUCAGGACUGUAGUUUCAAAGGCUAAAUAUACUAGAACCAUAUUCUGUACUGUUGGAAUGCAUGUCCUGCAGCUGAAAAAGAGGUUCUGCUUAAACUUUGAAACUAUAAUCCUGCAGAUUUACACGUUAUGCUGAUUUUUGUUGUUAUAAUACCUUUAACAUUUGUUCUGUUUGUUAUAAAUGAUAUAAAGUGCUGAAAUAUUUUCAGUAAUCUCUUACUUUUUUUUAAGAAAAGGUAAUUUUUUAUCAGUUUUUAUUGUUUUAGAUAAACCAAAUGAAAACAAUCAUUUAGUUAUGGUUGAACUAACUGUACUUUAUUUUUACUUGUAAGAAUGUUUUGUGCCCUCUUUUUGAACCUCAAAGCAUUCCUGUUUUGUUUCAUUAAUGAGCGAUUGUGUAAUUGGCUUGUUUGGAAAUUAAAUGUAUCUUGUUUUACAUUGCAAAAAAGAAAUCUAGUGUUGGACUUGAAAAAGAAAUUUAUGCCUGUGUAUAUGUACAUAAUGUGAACUAUAAAUAUUGUUGCUUUGUUUAUAGUACUAUUAAUUAGUACAACUUAUAUAUGCUUCUGUUAUUGUGAAAUGAAUGUUUAUUAAAGAAGUAUAAACUGAU